CUCACUCCUUGAUCACCACUGCAGCAAACAAUCGAGAACAAGACCACGGUCAGACAAUCCAUUGUUGUUCGUUACUCUAUCUGAAGUUUGCGAUUCCGUCCGGAUUUGAUUCCAUCGCACCACGAGGCUGCUCGCCGUUGACCAUCGCUGGCACCUUAGGCUGCAACGCGAGCCUUUAUCGCGAUACGGACUGCAAACGCGCCCUUAAUUGAAGCUCAAGAUGGCACCAAUAACGAAGAUGUCUGAAUCACCAGCACCUUUCCGCGAUAAUCUCUACGAUGCCUCUCCUCCUCCAAGCUCGCGAAGAAAUACGAAUAUGACACAACCUUCAAUGUCGCCGUCGCCUGGCGCGUCUGUGUCUUCAGACAAGGAAAACCGUUCAUCUCGCCCUGCAGUCGAUAAGGGCAAAGCUCGCGCUCCCAUGGGCCCUCCAGGCGUGCCUUCAAUGCGCGAUGGAAACACGAGGAAGAGAGCCGCUGAACAAGAUCAAGCUGGUGAUCGAUCGCGAAGGAGGAGAACAGUGGAGGUUGAUGAGGAUGAAUCUGAAUUGGACUACGACCCUGAUCAAGACAGAGAAGAACGCCGUCAGUUGAGGAAAGGUCUCCGGAAUCUUACAAAGACCCUUAAUGAAAAUCGAGCCGAAUUCCUUGCACCUAAGUCGACUGGUCUCCGCGACACGAUCUUGAAGGCCAAUGAAUUGUCACAUCAGGUCAAGCAAACGUCAGAUGCCACGAUCGACUCUCGCCUACUCGUCACAGCAGCCGAUUUCUCCCUGAAGAAGACUGUAGCUUUGUGCUCCGGCGAUACUGCGCAAGGCAUCGACCUCGACGACUUUUUGAUGAAGGUCAAACAAUACAUGAGGAAGGGGGCUCCUGAAGAUAGAGCUCCUAGUAAUACACAACGACAUCGUAGGAGGGGGCAAGAUGAUGAUGAUGAAGAUGAUGGAGACUCGUGGAAUUGGGGCUACUUUGGACGACAUGCUUGCGUGAAGCACAUAUCCCGGCCAUCAGUCCCUGGUUUCUUGCUCGGCCCUCUUUCUGUUGAGAAGCGUGUGCGAAAACCAAUAGUACGUCAAGAGCGUCUCAAGCAUAGCGCCAUCAAGGAAGUCCGCCCAGAGGUCCUUCAAGCUGGCGACAUCGAAAAGAACGAGAACGCCAAUCUAACCACUCUUUGCACCCAAAUACUUGGCCAAUUGAGACAGGUUCAAGCAAAGGCCAUCAAGUCAGUUACAGAUAGGCAAGAUGACAAUAUGACGGACAGUCAAGCCGAGGAACUGAUGGACAAAUACGGCGUCUCGACUGACGGAGGAAUUGCUCUUUUCAAAUUCGUCAUCAAUCCGUUUUCGUUCGGUCAAACCAUUGAGAACAUGUUCUACGUGAGUUUCUUGAUUCGAGACGGAAAGGUUGGAAUUGAAACAGACAACCGAGGUCUUCCUUAUCUAGAAAUCAAAGGCGGUAGACAAGACGAAGCUGGGGGCACAAGAGAUCACAAACCAAAGCAUCAAGCAGUGCUCGCGCUCGACAUGAAGCAGUGGAAAGAAAUGAUUGAUGUUUUCGAAAUCACAGCUCCUAUGAUCAAGCACAGAGAAGAAGAAGAGCCUAGUGAUGUUUCCGCGAGAGGAUGGUUCGCUGGUUAGAGGUGAUUCCGUGGUGGGAUGUGAAAAUGAUAGAGGAAGCUGUAGCUUUAGAUUUUGGCAAUCGCUUGCAUCGGAGUCAGGAGACGGUGGGCAUCCUUAUGUAUAAUACCAUGGGGGCUGAAUCUGCGCCGAGGAUAUGCAGAAUCUGGUGAUCUGGAAAUAUCACUUUGCAUGUUACUUGGGGGGAUGGCGUUGACUGGUCUGUGACCUUUGGUCACUGCAACACAUCAAU